AUGCAUUGGGAGUGGAGGAACUGCCCCGCCGCCUGGAAGGAGAUACACACUUCCGGCUUCAAAGCCAAGCAUCCCACGAUGAUCCUCGAAGCCGUAGCUGACCUACCGGCUGGGAUAUGGCAUGCUUAUUUUGAAGUGGCCGGGUCGAACAACGACAUUAACGCCUCCGGGCCGUCACCCCUGUUCAACGAUCGCGCAAUGGCGUUGGUCCCGCCAUCGGUUUUGCCGCCAACGGCAACCAGGCACAACAUGGGAUACUAUUUGGUGGAUCGGAUAUACCCAAACCGGCCCGUCUUUAUGAAGACGAUCAAGCAUGCGAUCGGGCCAAAGAAGUCCUACUUUGCGACCCGGCAGGAGGCAGCGCGCAGGGAUGUUGAGCGCUCAUUUGGUGCGCUCCAGUCGAUGGGCGAUGGUGAGAGGUCCAGCACGGCAGUGGUAUAUUCCCAACAUCGGCGAUAUCACGUACGCGUGUAUCAUUUUGCACAACAUGAUUGUCGAAAGUGA